UCCCCACCCUUCGCCGGAACUCGCCUAUAAAUCCACCCGGCUCCCUCCAACAAAGAAGGAAGAAGAAGAGGACACACUGCGCCCGGCACACAAACACACAAGCUUCGAUACCAAGGUUUAGCUCCUCCAUGGGACUUCUCGACCAGCUGUGGGACGACACGGUGGCCGGGCCGCGGCCGGACCACGGCCUCGGCAAGCUCCGCAAGUACGCCUCCUUCUCGCCGUCCUCCACCACCGCGGCGUCCGGUGCCGCGGGCUCCGUGGCGGCGGCGCCGGCGGUGACGCGUAGCAUCACCAUCCUCCGCCCGCCGGCCCUGUCCGUGACGUCGCCGCGCAGCGAGUCCGGCUCCGCGCCGUCGUCCCCUGCCAGCGUCCCGGACUCCCCCUUCGGCGGCACAGCAACGACACCCAGGGGAGAGGGCUGGAGCAAGUUCCGCCGGAAAGGCAGGAUGGCCGCCGACGGCACGGACGUCGCCAGCAGCCCCGGCACGCCGCGAAGCCCCACCGUCUACGACUGGGUGGUCAUCAGCUCGCUCGACCGCUAACUGAGCCGAAGCAGCUCCACCGAGACGGGAACUGCACGUACACGCGCGCAACGAGAGACGCAGCCGCAAGAUCUGGAAGUUGGACGGAACACAGGACCUCGUUCUCUUUACAGCUUUGUCCCAGUACGUAUAUAUGUAUGUACAUGGUCACUUAUGUACUUCCGUUGUAAACCGCUACGCGAGAGGGCCGCUGGUUUUGUAGCAAAUGAAGCGCCGCCGUGUAGAUCGAGGAAGUGUUCGUACUAGGCAACCGGAGACGAUGACGGCCUGAAGCGGAUGAUCGAGACCGAUGUAAGUUGUGAUGUGUACUGUGGGUGUAAUCUUACCUGGUAGGCUAGUAGCGAGAGGGGAUGGAGCUGGCUGAUGGUGAAGACCUGUAGCAGCCCGGCUCUCCUCUGCUUUCUGUAUAAGGCGGACAGCACCAUAUGUCCUGCUAAUGCAUGCAGUGUAAAAUACUUCUGCAAUAAUGCAUGGCUAAAUAAAUAAUGUCUUCUGAAUC